CCAUCACAACGUGUUUCUUGCCCAAACAGAGAUGCAGAAGCGAGAGCUAGGUAAGCAAGGCGGAGGUUCCGGCGGCUCCGGCACACCGGCGGCAAAGAGAGGCCGUCCGGUCGGCAGCACCGCCAGCAAUCUGGCGGCGGCGGCGUUGGCCGAGGCGGCAGCACCGUCUACACUCCUUGGUCCGUCGCUCCAAAUCCACUCUUCAUUCGCUGACCAAAACACCAAAAGGAUUGUUCAUGCUCUUCAAAGUGGACUAAAAAGUGAGCUAACAUGGGCACUGAAUGCCCUAACUUUACUUUCAUUCAAAGAGAAAGAUGACGUGCGGAAAGACGCAACUCCACUUGCAAAGAUACCGGGAUUGCUCGAUGCCCUUCUCCAAGUUAUAGAUGACUGGCGUGAUAUCGCUCUCCCAAAAGAGCUCGUAAAGACACCAAGAACAAGAUCACUAGGUGUUAACGCCAUUGUUACCGGAUUCGGAAAUGACAUACCCCAUACGAACAUAGGAUCUGGUUCGGUUUCCGAGGUAUCCCUGCAGAAAAAAGCAACUAAAGCUCAUCCGUCAGAAUGGUGGCUUGCGGAAGACGGUCUGUUUAAUCUGGAUGAUGAAGGGCGGGCUGAAAAGCAACUUUGUGCUGUUGCUGCAUCAAAUGUUCUUAGGAAUUUUUCCUUUAUGCCGGAAAAUGAAGUCAUCAUGGUUCAACAUCGCCAUUGUCUGGAAACAAUCUUCCAGUGUAUGGAGGACCAUGCUACAGAGGAUGAAGAACUUGUAACAAAUUGUCUUGAGACAAUCGUGAAUUUGGCUCCAAUGCUUGACCUUAGAAUCUUUAGCUCAUCAAAGCCUUCCUACAUCAAAAUUACGGAGAAACGCGCUGUUCAGGCCAUUUUGGGAAUAUUGGGAUCUUCUAUUAAAGCUUGGCAUUGUGCGGCUGCAGAGUUACUUGGGCGCGUGAUAAUAAACCCCGACAAUGAACCGUUUCUACUUCCUUCUGCAUCACAGAUUUACAAGAGGUUGGUUGAUCUUUUGAGCCUGCCAGCUGUCGAUGCACAAGCUGCUGCGGUCGGGGCGCUUUAUAACCUUGCGGAAGUCAAUAUGGAUUGCCGAUUGAAGCUUGCCAGUGAAAGAUGGGCGGUUGACCGGUUGCUGAAAGUGAUAAAAACACCACACCCUGUACCAGAAGUGUGUAGAAAAGCCGCGAUGAUACUAGAGAGCUUAGUUUCAGAGCCACAAAACAGGCCUGUGCUGCUAGCCUACGAGAAUGCGUUUGCGGAAAUACUGUUUUCUGAUGGAAAAUUUUCGGAUACAUUCGCUAGAAUAUUGUUCGAGUUAACAUCAAAGCCCAACAGCAAAGUGGCUACCGCUCGCGGCAUUUGGGGCAUGUAGCCUUUGGAUUUUUUAAAUGAAAACAGGUAUAUUUCUAAAAUGUACCUCUACUGCUUGUAGUUUAGGUUAAAACACGGAUUUGAGUAAACGUUGUGAAUCGAUUCAAAUGGCGUUAUAUAAGUAGAGAUCAAGACCUUGGGAUUUUAGCCUUUGUGGUAAUGUAAUUCAGCUGACAAUAACUUUUAUUGCAUGUUUAGUUUAAAAAACAUUUCAUCUUUCAA